AUGAUUCUUCCGAGCUCAGAUGAAGAGUCACAUCGUCAGGAGCUUGGUGACGACAGCCACAGAUUUGGCAGCUUUGUGCCACCCCCAGACGUCAAUUUCGACAUGUGGUACGAAGGUAUGAUGCCCCCAGGAAGCUGGUCUGACAUGCCCGGGCCAGCCUCAGGUAUGGCACCGAAGCUCCAUAAAAACGAGUUGGACGCCCACAGCAGUUCAACUCCAGCCAGUGGGCCAAGUCAAGCUGAUCACACCUCCGCGGAAACUCCACUAACCCCCGAAGAUUUUCUGGCCAUAAUCAUGAGCUUCGAUGACCCAGUUGACAGUGCCGCGGAGGCUGUGGUCACGGGAGCCCCGCAUUUGCACACCCUUGGAGUCGCUGGUGGUAUUCACGGCCGGUUGUCGGCCUUACGCUUUGACUCGCCGCCAUCAUCAUUGCGUCAGUUUGACUCGCCGCCGUCAUCGCGCAGUCGAUACACUCCGUACAAAUUGCUCGACAGGCCUGCCGUUCACCGCGGCAGGAAUCACCAUGACCUCGGCGACGAUGUAGAACAAAGCGACGCUGAGCUAUCACAUCAUGACCUGACACCAGCUAUAUCGCCUGCCCCAGCAUCAUUAGCUAUUCCAGUACCAGUCGCGGUACCAGUACCGGCCACUGUUCCAGUACCAGUCGUGGUACCAGCACCAGCCACGGUACCACCUCCUGUAGCACCAUUGUCUACAACAUUCGUGUCGUCGCCACCUAUUACGGGCUGGCUUGAUCUUGAGACCAUACCCCAGGUGAAAUUGAGAGCCAGAGAAAGCAUGAAACGGUCGAUGUUCAACGACACGUUUCUGCUUUCAAGCGAAGAAAGCUCAGAAAAGGGGCUUGCCAGCCUCGCUGCCGUUGUUGCUACAUCCAAUAAUCCUGAACUCGCCCAAUGGUCCGUCGGGAAUUCUGGCAAAAAGGACGCCGGAAAAAUUGGUGACACCGCGAAGAAUCUGAGGAGAAAAUUCAUGGAUAUAGUUCGGAUAGCGGUUGUAUUUGGCUACAAUUUGAGUGAUGCCUUGGCAACCAAACCGAAGGCAGAGACGGUGCUUAUCAUCCGCGACCUUCUCCAAGACGAUGCAUUCCUGAACGGAGAUAUCGUGGUGGGAGGACAGAUCAUACACGACGUGCCCCUUGCAAAUAAUGUAGUGCAGCAUUUUACGCAGCACGUGCUGUUCCACCAAUUUCAGCUCCACCAAUAUGUCAGCCCCGACCGAGACCUUGGGGCAUUGUUAGCUUUCAUUGGAACAUUAUUUGAGUGGGUAUUGAAAGAACUAUUAACUGGUGUCGUCUUGUCCAGCGACUUUGACCUGUCCCCCGCUAGGAUAAAAUUCGACCAAAAGCUAAAGGGUCUCUACACGUCAAUGGCAAGCGAUAUCGACUCCCUCACACAGCAACCCCAACUCGCACAGUCCGAAGUCGACCAAGCAAUCGCCGAAUUUUCGUCCAAAUCAAAGAACAUUCCAAGUACUGACGCACGAAACAUGCUGACACCGGAGAGUGCAUUCAAAGCUCUCCAGAGCGCACAAUUGUCUCAAGCGCGUCAGCUCACGCAGGCUCUUGCACGCGUGCAGGAUCUGACAGGACUGCUCGGAGAACAGGAAGCAGCGUUCACUAGUGAAGCAUCCGGGCUGGGACGACUCAUAAACAUUAUGGAACAGCGCGAGAAGCAGGCAAAGGAUAUUGUCGAAGGCAUUGAACGCGAAUGGGCAUGUGUCGGAGCACACACCGAGCGACGCGAGGCAGUUCUACACGCUGAAGUCGAGAAGGAGAAGCGAGCCCGAGAGGAAGCGGAACGAAAGGUUGAUCAACUUGAAACAGUCCUCGAGCGCAUAGAUCGUGGUGAAUUGCCUGUUACUUCUCGCGGAACACCUGUCCCAGCAACCCCUACUCGCAAUUCUGCUCAAGCGGCCGGAAUGGAGGACAUGCCUGAGCCCGACGGUCGCAAUGAUCAGCAGGGCACAGAAGGCCAGCAAGAUAUUUACCGAGUGUCGGCUCAGAUUGAGGAAUGGGCUCCAACUCUAUCACAGCAAUAG